AUGGGUUCCGAGGACGAGAAGCCUUCUACCUACCGGUAUAACGAGAAGCCGACUUACACAACCUCCAAUGGCGCCCCCGUCGAGAACCCCCAGGCGUGGCAGCGCAUUGGUCCCCAGGGCCCUCUGCUGCUCCAGGACUUUCAUUUGAUUGAUCUGCUGGCCCACUUUGAUCGCGAGCGCAUUCCCGAGCGUGUCGUCCACGCCAAGGGCGCCGGCGCUUACGGCGAGUUCGAGGUCACCCAUGACAUUAGCGAUAUCUCCUCCAUCGACAUGCUCAACCAGGUCGGCAAGAAGACCAAGGCUCUUGCCCGUUUCUCGACUGUUGGUGGUGAGAAGGGCUCUGCCGAUUCGGCUCGUGAUCCCAGAGGUUUCUCUGUCAAGUUCUACACCGAGGAGGGAAACUGGGACUGGGUUUACAACAACACGCCCAUUUUCUUCAUCCGCGACCCUGUCAAGUUCCCUCCCUUCAUUCACACCCAGAAGCGUCACCCGCAGACUAACCUGAAGGAUGCUACGAUGUUCGACUACUGGACCAAGAACCAGGAGUGCAUCCACCAGCUGAUGCACCUAUUCUCCGACCGCGGCACCCCUUACUCUUACAGACACAUGAACGGCUACUCGGGCCACACCCACAAGUGGACCAAGCCCGACGGCUCCUUCGUCUACGUCCAGAUUCACCUCAAGACGGACCAGGGCAACAAGACCUUCACCAACGAGGAAGCCGGCAAGAUGGCGUCCGAGAACCCGGACUGGCACACCCAGGACCUCUUCGAGGCCAUCCAGCGCGGCGAGCACCCCAGCUGGACCGUCUACGUCCAGACCCUGACCCCGGAGCAGGCCGAGAAGUUCAAGUGGAACGUCUUUGACCUGACCAAGGUCUGGCCGCAGAGCGAGGUGCCGCUGCGCCAGUUUGGCAAGCUCACCCUCAACCAGAACCCCGAGAACUACUUUGCCGAGAUCGAGCAGGCCGCCUUCUCCCCCUCCCACCUGGUCCCCGGCGUUGAGCCCACCGCCGACCCCGUCCUGCAGUCCCGCCUCUUCUCCUACCCGGAUACCCACCGCCACCGUCUCGGUGUGAACUACCAGCAGAUCCCCGUCAACAAGCCCCUCAACGCCUUCAACCCUCUCCAGAGAGACGGCGCCAUGGCCGUCAACGGCAACUACGGCGCGAACCCCAACUACUCCUCAACCUUCCGCCCCCUCGAGUACAAGCCCGUCAAGGCCGUCAACACCCCGCACGAGCAGUGGGCCGGCGCCGUCGUCACGGACCUCUUCGGUCCCGUCAAGCCCGAGGACUACGAGCAGGCCCUCGGCCUCUGGAAGGUCCUCGGCCGCCAGGAGGGCCAGCAGAAGAACUUUGUCGGCAACGUGUCUGGCGCGCUCGCCGGCGCCCACCCCGAGGUCCGCUCGCGCGCCUACGAGAUGUUCUCGCGGGUGACUCCCGAGCUCGGCGCUGCUAUCAUGAAGGAGACGGAGAAGAUUGCCGAGCCUACCAAGGACGUUCGCUCCAAGUUGUAA